UUGGUGAUCCGACUCCGAUUCGUCGAAGCCUCAUGCUUCUUAUAGAUUUUGUCGCAAGAGAGUUGGUAAGAGUGUUGAUGGGGUCCAUGAUUCCGUGAUCGUUCGGAUGCUUCAAGCUGUGGCCGUGCCUGUUAUUGGGAGUGCUUGCCAUGUUUUUAUGCAUGGGCUUAAUCAUGUUAAGGUAUAUGGAGCUGAGAAAUUGCAUCAGGCAUUGCUGCAAAGACCUAAAGGGAAACCCCUUUUGACGGUAAGCAAUCAUGUAGCCGCUAUAGAUGAUCCGUUUGUGGUCGCUUCAUUGCUUCCACCAAACAUUAUGCUGGAUGCCCACAAUUUGAGAUGGACACUUUGUGCAACUGAUCGCUGUUUCAGCAAUCCAGUGCUAUCCGCAUUCUUCCGAUGUGUCAAAGUUUUACCUGUUUCUCGUGGUGAUGGCAUUUAUCAGAAGGGAAUGGAUAUGGCUCUGUCCAAGCUAAAUAAUGGUGGGUGGGUUCAUAUAUUCCCCGAGGGAAGUCGUUCUAGGGAUGGUGGGAAAACUCUCAGUUCUUCCAAGAGAGGGGUUGGAAGGCUGGUGAUGGAUGCAGACAGCAUCCCAAUAGUCAUCCCCUUUGUCCACACAGGAAUGCAAGAAAUCAUGCCCGUAGGAACAAAAUUCCCCAAAGUCGGGAAACAGGUUACCGUGGUAGUUGGUGACCCAAUCUAUCUUGAAGAUCUACUCGUCUCCAAGGAUAAUACCCAAGAUGCGAAUAGAGGAACUCUAUAUGAUGCUGUGUCAUCAAGGAUAGGUAAUCGCCUCCAAGAGCUAAAACUUCAAGCUGAGAGAUUAGCUUUGGAGCAUCAAUUUGAAGUCGAGCAGUAUCACAUGCAUGACAAAAGAUAUGAAUAUGAUAUUUGGCAGCAAGUCGACUGGGAAGCAUUUGGCAUGGAAAAUGUUAUGUCAACUGGUGGAGACACCUCCCAGAUUGUGAAACAAAGAUUUCCAAGCCAGCAAAAGAAAUCCCUCGAACAGUCCCAGAAGCCCGAAUCCUCUCAUCAAACACUCGGGAUGGGCUUCAGUUAUGAUGGUGGUAUUAUGUCCAGAGUUCGUAAUUAUGUAAACCCAUCUGAGUUUAUGGGAUUUGCUGCGAGAGGCUUGUUCAUGAAUGGUCAGUUGCUUGAUGAAGGUACCUUCAAUAUUCAAGAAACUGGUCCGGUCAAGGCCUGGAAAGAGUUCAUGAAUAAGAGAUCAUCAAUUGAAGGGCAUUUUAAGAUUCAAGAAGCUGCUCCAGUUAAGGCAUGGAAGCAGUUUGUGAAUGAAAGAUUGCCUGAUGAGGGUGGCUUUAGAAUUCAAGAAGCCGUUCCAGUUAAGGCAUGGAAACAGUUCUUUGAAGGCAGUGGGUUUAAUAUGCGCAGUUGUAUGUAGUUUGUACCCCAGGCCUUAACAAAACAAGCGCAGGCUCAGGAUUGAGAGCUCGUGGCUGUCUUGAGGUUCUACUAAUUCGAGUAGCUAGUUGUACUGUGUUAACUCAUUUUUGUCCGUUAAUCUGAAAUUUUUGGUACAUUUUAGCAGUACUGUUUCUGAAAUAAGCGGGCAGCUAGUUGUACUGUGUGAACUCAUUUUUGUCGAUUAAUUUGAAAAUUCUGGUACAUUUAGCAGUACUGUUUCUGAAAUAAGCGGGCUUCCUGUAGCCUGAACAAUAACAGAUGUAUGAUGCUUUUUGUCAGUUC